AUCUCGUACUAAAAAAAUAAUCUCGUAUCCAUGCUCCGACGGCGUUUUCGAGUUGAAGGGACUAGACUAGAGAGAGUGAACGGAAAGUGAAAGACAUGGCCGCCAUAAUGAAAGCCGCAGUUCUAUACCACUAUCCCUGCCCCGACGGCGCUCUCGCCGCACUCGCCGCCCACCUCUACUUCUCUGCUGCUUCAAUCCCAACCCUCUUUUUCCCCAACACCGUCUACAACCCCAUUACCUCUCACAACCUCCCUAUCCACGAAAUCACCCAUCUUUACCUUCUCGACUUCGUUGGCCCUUCCGGCUUUGUUCCCGAUGUCGCUUCUAAGGUGCCCAAUGUCGUAAUUUUGGACCACCACAAGACCGCUCUCGAGACCCUCGGCGCCGGCGCCAGAGAGAACAACGUGACCAAAAUCAUCGACAUGCAGAGGAGUGGCGCCACCAUCGCUUUUGAUUAUUUCAAGGAAAGGGUUAGCAAUGCGACGGUGCUUGCCCAGUUCGAUCGUGCUCGGCCGUUGUUUGAGUACAUUGAAGAUGGAGAUCUCUGGCGGUGGAGGCUGCCUAAUAGUAAAGCUUUCAGUAGUGGCUUUAAAGAUUUGAAUAUCGAAUUCAAUGUUGAGUUGAACCCUUCUUUGUUUGACCAGUUACUUAGUUUGGACUUAGAGGAUGUGAUUAGUAAAGGCAUGAAAAGCUUAUCAGAGAAGCAGAGAUUGAUAGAUGAAGCUUUGAAUGAGUCCUUUGAAAUUGCACUUGGUGGUGGACGGUUUGGACAUUGUUUGGCUGUCUGUGCUGAUUCUAUUGCCGAGUUAAGGAGUGAACUUGGGCACCAGUUAGCUACUAAGAGCCACAAUCUUAAUUUAAGAGGCAUUGGGGCCAUCGUAUACAGAGUCCCUGAGCUCGAAAAUGAUCAGUUUCUAAAAGUAAGCUUAAGGAGUGUGGAAUCUGAAGACACAACACUCAUUUCCCAGGAGUUUGGAGGUGGUGGACAUCGAAAUGCCAGCUCCUUCAUGUUGAGCUCUGAAGAAUUUAAUGGAUGGAAGGUUGGUACUAAGGCUGCUUAGUAAAGUGUAAAUCUUGGUUGUUUAAUCAUAAUCAGUAGUAUGAUGAGUUAAUUGUACAGGCAUGGAACAAUGAUUCCUUUUCUCUGUUAAAUUACACUUUUUUGUUUUGUUUUGUUUAUUAAGACCUUUAUAUCUCAUACAA